GGUCCCGACGCGCGCUCGGGGCCCAGCUACCCGCCCCCACCUCCCCCGGCGGCCCCCGCCCCUCUCCGGAGCCGUAGGGAAUCAGGUCCCGGAGGAAGAGGGUAGGUGGGGAGGCGGAUGAGGGGUGGGGGACCCCUUGACGUCACUGGAAGGAGGUGCCGGGGUAGGAAGUGGGCUGGGGAAAGUUUAUAAAUCGCCCCCGCCCUCGGCUCCUCUUAAUCGAGGUCCGCAGAAGGCUCGGAGCGCGCCGGGCGGACACUCCUUGCGGCUCCUCCCCGGCAGCGGCGGCGGCGGCGGCGGCAGCAGCUCGGAGCGGGCUCCGGGGCUGGAGCGCAGCGGCCAGAGGACGCCGAGCUGCGAGGAUUACCCGGGGAAGUGGUGGUCUCCCUGGCUGGAGCCGCGGAGAGGGGCGCUCGCGGCGGAGGACCGGAGUGCGAGAAGACAGAUUCGGGCGGCUGGGUCUGUGGCCCGCGAGCAGCGCGGGGACCGGGCAAGCAGGCCGCGUCGCGCUCACCAUGGUCAGCUGCUGGGACACCGGGGUCCUGCUGUGCGCGCUGCUUGGCGGUCUGCUGCUUACAGGAUCUAGUUCAGGUUCAAAAUUAAAAGGUCCUGAACUGAGUUUAAAAGGCACCCAGCACGUCAUGCAAGCAGGCCAGACACUGUAUCUCAAAUGUAGAGGGGAAGCAGCCCAUUCAUGGUCUUUGCCUGAAACAGUGAGAAAGGAAAGCAAAAGGCUGAGCAUAACUAAAUCUGCCUGUGGAAGGAAUGGCAAACAGUUCUGCAGUACUUUGACCUUGAACACGGCUCAGGCAAACCACACUGGCUUCUAUAGCUGUAAAUAUCUAUCUAUACCUGCUUCAAAGAAGAAGAAAACAGAAUCUACAAUCUAUAUAUUUAUUAAUGAUACAGGUAGACCUUUCUUAGAGAUGCACAGUGAAAUACCCGAAAUUAUAUAUAUGACUGAAGGAAGGGAGAUCGUCAUCCCCUGCCGGGUCACGUCACCUAACAUCACUGUGACUUUAAAAAAGUUUCCCCUUGAUACCCUGAUCCCGGAUGGAAAACGAAUAACCUGGGACAGUAGGAAGGGUUUUAUAAUAGCAAAUGCAACAUACAGAGAAAUAGGGCUUCUGACCUGUGAAACAACAGUCAACAGACAUUUGUACAAGACCAACUAUCUCACCUAUCGACAAACCAAUACCAUCCAAGAUGUCCAGAUAAGCACUCCAAGCCCAGUCAAGUUACUGCAAGGUCACACUCUUACCCUCAACUGCACUGCCACCACUGAUUUGAACACGAGGGUUCAGAUGACCUGGAGUUACCCUGGUGAAACAAAGAAGAGAGCGUCUAUAAGGCAACGAAUUGGCCAACGCACUUCCAUUGCCAUUGUGUUCUACAGCGUUCUUGUUAUUGACAAAGUACAGAACAAAGACAAAGGACUUUAUACUUGCCAUGUGAAGAGUGGCCCGUCAUUCAAAUCUGUUAACACCUCAGUGCAUAUAUAUGAUAAAGCAUUCAUCACUGUGAAGCAUCGAAAACAGCACGUGCUGGAGACCACAGCUGGCAAGCGGGCCUACAGGCUAUCUGUGAAAGUGAAGGCAUUUCCCUCGCCAGAGGUUCUAUGGUUAAAAGAUGGGUUCCCCGUGACUGAGAAAUCUCCUCGCUAUUUGGUUCACGGCUACUCGUUAAUUAUCAAAGAUGUUGCUGCAGAAGAUGCAGGGGAUUACACGAUCUUGCUGGCCAUCAAGCAGUCCAGUGUGUUUAAAAACCUUACCACCACUUUAAUUGUAAAUGUGAAACCCCAGAUCUAUGAAAAAGCUGUGUCAUCCUUUCCAGACCCAACUCUCUAUCCCCUGGGCAGCAGACAGAUCCUGACUUGUACCAUUUAUGGUAUACCUCAACCUACAGUCAUGUGGUUCUGGCGUGCCUGUAACCAUAGUCACUCCAAAGCAAGGUAUGACUUUUGCUCCAAUAAUGAAGAGUCCCUAGUCCUGGAUCCUGACAGCAACAUAGGAAACAGGAUUGAGAGCAUCACUCAGCGCACGGCAAUAAUAGAAGGAAAGAAUAAGACGGCUAGCACCUUGGUUGUGGCUGACUCUAGAAUUUCUGGAAUCUACAGUUGCAUGGCUUCCAAUAAAGUAGGAUCUGUGGAAAGAAACAUAAGCUUUUAUAUCACAGACGUGCCAAAUGGAUUUCAUGUUAACUUGGAAAAAAUGCCUACGGAAGGAGAGGACCUGAAACUGUCUUGCACAGUUAACAAGUUCUUAUACAGAGACAUUACUUGGAUUUUGCUGCGGACAGUUAAAAACCGAACAAUGCACCACAGCAUCAGCAAGCAAAAAAUGGCCAUCACUAAAGAGUACUCCGUCACUCUCAAUGUCACCAUCAAGAACGUUUCCCUGGAAGAUUCAGGCACCUAUGCCUGCAGAGCCAGGAACAUAUACACAGGGGAAGAAAUCCUUCAGAAGAAAGAAGUUACAAUUAGAGAUCAGGAAGCCCCACACCUCCUGCGAAACCUCAGCGACCACACAGUGGCUAUCAGCAGCUCCACCACAUUGGACUGUCAUGCUACUGGUGUCCCAGAGCCUCAGAUAACCUGGUUUAAAAACAACCACAAAAUCCAAGAAGAACCCGGAAUUAUUUUAGGACCAGGAAGCAGCACGCUGUUUAUUGAAAGAGUCACAGAAGAGGAUGAAGGUGUCUAUCACUGCAAAGCCACCAACCAGAAGGGGUCCGUGGAAAGUUCGGCGUACCUCACUGUUCAAGGAACCUCGGACAAGUCUAACCUGGAGCUUAUCACUCUGACGUGCACCUGUGUGGCUGCGACCCUCUUCUGGCUCCUGUUAACGCUCUUUAUCCGAAAACUGAAAAGGUCUUCUUCUGAAAUAAAGACAGACUACCUAUCAAUUAUAAUGGACCCAGACGAAGUUCCCCUGGACGAGCAGUGUGAGCGGCUCCCUUAUGAUGCCAGCAAGUGGGAGUUUGCCCGGGAGCGACUUAAACUGGGCAAGUCACUUGGAAGAGGGGCUUUUGGAAAAGUGGUUCAAGCUUCUGCAUUUGGCAUUAAGAAGUCACCCACAUGCCGGACUGUGGCUGUAAAAAUGCUGAAAGAGGGGGCCACAGCCAGUGAGUACAAAGCUCUGAUGACUGAGCUCAAGAUCUUGACCCACAUUGGCCACCAUCUGAAUGUAGUCAACCUGCUGGGAGCCUGUACCAAGCAAGGAGGGCCCCUGAUGGUGAUCGUUGAAUAUUGCAAAUACGGAAAUCUGUCCAACUACCUCAAGAGCAAACGAGACUUAUUCUUUCUCAACAAGGAUGCGGCUUUACACGUGGAGCCUAAGAAAGAAAAAACGGAGCCCGACCUGGAGCAAGACAAGAAACCAAGACUAGAUAGUGUCACCAGCAGCGAGAGCUUCGCGAGCUCUGGGUUUCAGGAAGAUAAAAGUCUGAGCGAUGUUGAGGAAGAGGAGGAUUCUGAUGAUUUCUACAAGCAGCCCAUCACUAUGGAAGAUCUGAUUUCUUACAGUUUCCAAGUGGCCAGAGGCAUGGAGUUUUUGUCUUCCAGAAAGUGCAUUCAUCGGGACCUGGCAGCAAGAAAUAUUCUUUUAUCUGAGAACAAUGUGGUGAAGAUUUGCGAUUUUGGCCUUGCCCGGGAUAUUUAUAAGAACCCCGAUUAUGUGAGAAAAGGAGAUACUCGACUUCCUCUGAAGUGGAUGGCUCCCGAAUCUAUCUUUGACAAAAUCUACAGCACCAAGAGCGACGUGUGGUCUUAUGGAGUACUGCUGUGGGAAAUCUUCUCCCUAGGUGGGUCUCCAUACCCGGGCGUGCAAAUGGACGAGGACUUCUGCAGCCGCCUGAAGGAAGGCAUGAGGAUGAGGGCCCCCGAAUACGCAACUCCUGAAAUCUAUCAGAUCAUGUUGCACUGCUGGCACAAAGACCCAAAAGAAAGGCCAAGAUUUGCAGAACUUGUGGAAAAACUAGGCGACUUGCUUCAAGCAAAUGUACAACAGGACGGUAAAGACUAUAUCCCACUAAAUGCCAUACUGACAGGAAAUAGUGGGUUUACGUAUUCAUCUCCUGCCUUCUCUGAUGACUUCUUCAAGGAAGAUACUUCAGCUCCAAAGUUUAACUCAGGAAGUUCUGAUAAUGUCAGAUACGUAAAUGCUUUCAAUUUCAUGAGUCUGGAGAGAAUCAAAACCUUUGAAGAACUUUCGCCAAACACCGCCUCUAUCUUUGAUGAUUACCAGGUGGACAGUAGCACUCUGCUGGCCUCCCCCUUGCUGAAGCGCUUCACCUGGGCUGAGAGCAAACCCAAGGCCUCCGUGAAGAUUGACCUGAGAGUAACCAGUAAAAGUAAGGAGUCAGGGCUUUCUGACCUCACGCGGCCUGCUUUCUGCCAUUCCGGGUGUGGGCACAUCAACAGAGGCAGGCGCAGAUUUACGUAUGACAACUCAGAGCUGGAAAAGAAGAUUUCGUGCUGCUCUCCUCCCCCAGACUACAACUCGGUGGUCUUAUACUCCACCCCGCCUGUCUAAAGUUUGACGCGUCGCCUUCUUUGUAGAACCACACAAGUAUUUAUGCCCCCUGAAAACUAGCUGCUUUUGCCAGUAUGACACAUAUAUAAAUGUACACCUUUACCUUUCCACAGGAGCAAGCUGCCUUUUGUGAUUUUUAAUAGUGCUUUUUUUUUUUUUCUUUUUGACUAACAAGAAUGUAACCCCAGAUAGAGAAAUAGUGACAAGUGAAAAACACCACUGGUAAAUCCUCACAUUAUUCAGUGUGUUAGAGAAACCCUUUCUAAGCCCAAUGACUUACCUGCUCCUACCCCUGAGACCACAGGGCAUUUGAUGAUUCAGGAGACACACUGAUCCCACCGUGCAGUGUGGACUCCACGGGGCCCGCCACCGGCGCCCAGGAGCCGGGAGGCAACCAGCCCUAAGCCAGCUUGUGCAAUGUCUCUGGGGUCCUCUAGCAGAUGUGACAUGGAAGGAGGAGAAGGAAAGAAGGGAGAAAGGUAGCAGAGAGCAAACAGGACGGAGCACUGGAGAGAAGAAUUUGUGCUGUCCCAUAUGGGAAGGGAGUAGGAGAAGCCAUGACAAUGCUUCCAAACCCUGACCGAACCCGGUCCACAUGGAAAACCCAGCCAGGCAGCAGAUAGGACAGAAGGAUGAGGGGACAUUUUCUGGAUUCCAGCAGGCAAGAAGAGGACAGACAUAUUUUUUCGGAAGUACAAAACAAAUUUUUAAAAUCUUAGCUACAGGACUGGAUCUAUGCCCAUUCCCAUAUAUGGCACAUUUUUAAAUUUCUAGCACCGAGCUUGGUGCUCAAAUCUGAGCCGAGACUGCAGGCCCCUCUAGCAAGAUACACUGCAAACUCACCCUGAGCUAAGCUGGCUCCACGGCAUGAUGGCCUCACACUUAGCAGGUUGCUCAGAGUAAGCUAAUUGGAACGAGUUUGGUCUGUUAGGGUUACUUGGGCUUUAAGCCACAUGUUCAAAAAUAUUGUCAGAUUCUAUUUUGAGUCUUAAUGUAUAAUCAAAACACUUCAAUUUUUUUACAUUAACCUGUUUUGUGCAGUUAGUUAUAAAAGGAAGCUGAGGAGGAUGAAAAUGAAUCUUGCGGAGGGUUUCCUCUAUGCCAAAACCAGGAUAGAUGGAGCAAAAACAGGAUGAACAGGGUGAAAACCCCAUCUCUAUACCAACCAAACCAACUCACUGAAACAGUUGGGACCCAAAAGAUAGGAAGUCAAUCAUGUUUCCUUUUUAAUGGGGAUUCUACUAUCUCAUGCUGGUCUACUGGAAAGAUGUGGAAGAACGUUAACCAAUGUUUAUUAAGCACUUUAUGCUCCUUGAGAAAAAAGGUGACAUGUAAUUUAUGCAAGAUACUUUUAGAAUUGGGACUCAGGAUAUUAGUUAAUGAGCCAUCAAGAGGAGAAAAGCCUCUUUUCAUCUGCUUUGGACCUUGCCAUGGGUCUGAGGAUGAUGGAAAUAGGGAGACAGGGUACACAAGGGUGCCGACUCUUCAGGGUCUACAGACUCUGGAUCUCUCAACUGGCUCUGUUUGAUGCUAUGUAUUUAGGAUGUAUGCACCUUCUAAAGCCAGUCAAGGCUGGAUAGGCAACAGUGAAUUGCUGCUUCUGGUAGUAGAGUAUGCUUCCCUUUAUGCACGUAACUUAACUCUAGAACCUGAGAUAUAAGGAAUCUUUGCUUCCUUCUCUGUGUGUCACACUCUGGUUUCAAGGUUCCUAGUAUAAAGAGAUGGGACAGUCAGCACACCCCAAGGGGGGUGGCGGAUGCUCCAAUGGUGGCUCUGCUGGGGAAGCCCCUGGCCGGCAGAGAAGCGAGGCAGGCCUCUCCACCAAGGGCCCAGUGCAAAGUCAGGCCAGGGCCAGAAGAGGGGAUGAGCUUUGUUUCUCCUCUUCUCUGCACGCACAAAAGCACCUGGGACAGCUGGCGAUGGUAUCAAUCAGGUAACCAGAAGGAGGUUGAAUAGGGAAAAUAAAAGAAGACGUCAAUCAAUUCUCUUGUGCUUUCAAAUCAGUAAGGAUCCAGCAAUGAGUGAAAACAAAAACCUUAACUACUCAUACCACAUCUUGAUUUCAAUAAUCUAAUUCUGUAUUGUUCAGAGACCUUAGUAAUGCCAUCUUUCCAAAAGGAAAAAAAAAAACGUACUAGAACUGUGUUAAUUCAGCUGCUUCAAAGACUCAGGUUUAUAGCCUACAUGAGUCCAUAAGUCAACAAUGGUUCCAUCUAGAGUUUUAACACAGAAAGAAAAAUGGAAGCUUGCAGUAAUGAAUCUAUCUAGUGGCAGAGUGCUUGCCACAGAAUGGUUCAUUUACCAGCCCUGGACAUUUAUUAAAAAGCACUGAAAAUGAAAACACUAAUUAACCGAUGACAUUAUUAGAACCAUUUGUCACUUUGACAAAAACAGUUGGCACUAACAAGUAAAGCAGCAUUUCCUUUCAGGAUUUGUGAGGCCAUGUAUGUGUAACAUUGUGGGUGAACAGGACUGAAACCAUACGCAAGUCUGUUAUCUAGUUAGUCUAAGAAACGAUGACCUUAGUUUUAGCCCAGGGAACAGAUUUGUCCAAAUCCUGAAAAAUGUCAUGUAGGUCUUCUAGCUGUGCCUUGUUUCCCAGCCUGUAAGAAUGUCAAACCUGAAACAGAUACUUGCCAGCCCCUUUUCAUUAGUGAAAGGAGGAGCACAUCUUUGACUGACAGUGGUAGUAACUGUAUGUGUAUAUACGUGUGUGUGUUUUGUGCGUAACUAUUUAAGGACACUGGAAUUUUAAAGUUACUUUUAUACAUACCAAGAAUAUAUGCUGCAGAUAUAAGUAAGACUUAAUUUGGUCCUACAUCUCUAGUCACUAUGAAUGUAUUUUGUAUGCUAUCUUCAUAUAAUAAAAUUAACUUCUAAAAAUAUCUACA